UGUUUACGUAUUAAGAAUUACUUUAGUUUCCACUUCGUUGACAUUUCAGUAGACAACUGGGGUGAUCAGUAGGGAAAAUAUAUAGUAACAGAUAUAGCCUUCCUAAACCACAACGAAAUCUCCAGAAAGCAAAUUUAAUAUGGACCGUGUACUGGAAAUUCUUUGCUGGCUGCUGCUGUUCACUCGUUACAGACCGGAUAUAUAUGUUCCAAUUGAAAAAGAUCUGGUAUCACCUUUCAACAUCUCUUCUGCAGUGGACAACUGUUUAAUACCCGCAUCCAUCAAGACAGGUUUAAAUCAAGCUAUCGAUUUUCCGGCGGACAAAGAACACUUGAAAUCUCUUCUCAGCAUCUCUGACUUCUGUAGGACACCUGAUUGUCUUAGAGCAGCUGCCGAUAUCUUGUCUAAUUUAGAUGAAACUGCGAAACCUUGCGAUGAUUUUUAUAAAUUCGCCUGUGGUGGUUGGAUUAAAAGACAAAAUAUUCCUGAAGAUAAAUUAACUUUCAACGUGUUUGAAAAAGCAAGAUCUGAUGUCAAAAUCAAAUUUAGAGCUCUCUUACGCAAGGAGUUGACGGGAGCAGAACCUGACUACAUUCACAUGGUUAAACGUUUGUAUGACUCCUGCAUUGACCUGAAAAGCAUCGAGAAAGCGGGCAGCAAACCUCUGAGAAAUGCUCUGAGAGAUCUUGGAGGCUGGCCGGUGCUAGAAGGAAAACACUGGAAUGAGACUUCUUUUGACUGGAUUGCUACUCUCACCGAAUUCCGAAAAAUGGGAUUCGAUCAUAAUAUCCUGAUGAACUUGGUUGUUACAAGAGAUGCAAAGAACAAUAUGACUCCCAUCUUAAAACUGGAUAAAGUUCUGCUAUUCGGAAUGGGAAGAGAAAAGUUAUCGCACGGGUUAAAUGAUUCCGCCAUAGAUGCUUACUUCAGAUUAAUGGUGAAAACAGCUAAUCAAUUGGGUGCAAAUGAAAAUACUUCAGAAACAGAGCUUCGGGAAACGCUUGAUUUUGAAAUCAUGCUGGCUAAUUUAUCUUCGACACAUGGAGCAUUCAUCAAAAGUCCAGCUAGAAUGUCAUUUCGUGAACUAUACAAUAUGUCUUUAGAUUACACGAAUGACAAAUACACUGUAAGGAAGCUUGUGGAUACGUUACCACAGAUUGAUUGGCUUAAAUAUUUUAGUGAUGUGCUGAAUGCUACAAUCAGUGAAAAUGAACCCUUGAUUAUUAAGGAUCCAGAUUUCAUUGUUCGGCUGGUAAAUUUUAUCACACAAACAAAAAAGCG